AUGCAAGAAAAUAAUGGUUUGUUUGAUCAUGAAAAAAAUAAAGUUAAAGAGAGUGGAAAAAAGGUGAAAGAAGGAAAUUCAUCAACAAAUUAUUUGAUCAAAGGUCAAUGGACUGAUGAAGAAGACAGGAAAUUGCUUAGGUUGGUUAAACAAUUUGGAGUAAGAAAAUGGGCACAAAUUGCUGAGAAAAUGGAAGCAAGAGCAGGAAAACAAUGUAGAGAAAGAUGGCAUAAUCAUCUACGUCCCGAUAUCAAGAAAGAUACAUGGAGUGAAGAAGAAGAAUUGUUACUAGUGGAAUCACACAAGCAACUUGGAAACAAAUGGGCUGAAAUUGCUAAAAGAAUUCCUGGAAGGACUGAAAAUGCAAUCAAGAAUCAUUGGAAUGCAACUAAAAGAAGGCAAAAUUCAAGGAGAAAUAAAAACAAAAAAAAUCAACAAGGUGAUGAUGAUACCCAAUGUGAACGCAAAUCAUCGUCCUCUCGUUCCACCGUUCUACAAGAUUAUAUUAUAAGCAAGUACUUUAUGAGUGAUGAUAAUUCUCCCCCAACCGCCACCUCAUUUUACGGUGGUGGCGGUGGGACUUAUAGUGGCGGUGGAUGCAGUUCCACCGCCACUACUUUCACAGGAAGUACUCCACCGUACUCCGAAGACGAUUCUCCGUCUUUGAUGACUCAUCAAACACAUGAUGAAGAAAUGAACUUCAUGCAAAGUUUAUUUGGACAUAAUAACAAUAUUACUACUAAUGGUACUAUCGAGACACAAGUAGUAACUCAAGAUCUUCUCAACAAGAGCUCGUCUGGUUUGAACUCCUUUAGUGAAAAUCCAAUCACUCAGUGUAACGUUGAGAGUUACACUCCUCAAUAUUAUCCUCCUGACCUAUACCUUUCGUACCUUCUAGAUGGUUCUAAUUAUCAAGAUUGUUUUGGAUGUGGAAGCAUGAAUAAUACUAAUCAAGGUUGUUCUACAUCAGGAGGAGGAAACAUUAAGGAAGUUGAUUUGAUGGAGAUGAUUAAUUCAACUAAUUCUCAAUUAUCUCAAGCUGGAACCUUCAACAAAACCUUCUUUUAA